AUGGCUGACGAAGUCGUUGACGAACGUGUGGAUUUCGUUUCUCGUUUUGUGCAUUUAUCUCUGAAAGCCAAACCUGAUAAAUGGGUCAAAAUGUACUCAAUGGAAGAGAAUAGAAAUGUUUUUAAAACAUUUUUUGACGAUCCCGAAUGUACAACUUUACUAAUUUUGGUAAAUCAAUCGAACGGACACGUCCAACCAACCUUGGAGUGGCCGCAACAAUUGAAAGGCAGUAAAACUUUUUAUUUCAUAAAGAGGAGCAAUGUAGCCUUGCCCAAGACCGUAAAAUUAGGGAAACUGUUAAUAUACGGCGACAUUUCUCCAUCUCCUAUAGACCAACUCUACAGUUUUGUUGACGAGGUUAUCUUUCCAUUAAUAACGAACAAGAUGAACCAAACGUCCUGGCCACACGUCGUCGUCAAGGAUCUUGCACGCCAAGUGAGCGCAAUGAAAAACAAGACCUACGUCACCACCGGUCAGAUCAAGGGCAAGACACUUCUGCCUCAGCCAGUUGGCACUGAGAAAAUGGACAAAGCUCAUUUCAACUUUUUAAACAAGAAUCUGAUCCACUCAAUUGAGACAGUUUUAAUAGAAUGGUCGCACCAGAUACACGACGAGUUGAAGAAAGAUUCAGCGCAACCACUGCUUGAUGGCCUCUCGCCUCUGCCGUACGUGGAGUUUGAGUUCUGGAAGGUUAAGAGUAUCAACCUGGAAUGUAUCUACGAUCAGCUACAAAGUUCAAAGAUCAGAAUGUUUGCAGAAUUUUUGGAGAAAGCGAACAGCAGCUACUUCGCAACAUUCAAAAGCAUGUUUCAGGACGUUGUGGCCGCGACCGUAGAAGCACAGGAUAUCUACCUCUACUUAAAACCUCUGCAGAGGAUUUUGGAAGAGAUGGAGGCGAAAAGUUUUGAAGACAUAAGAAUGUCCUACCACGUUCUUAUGCACUGCCUCUGCCUGAUUUGGACCAACUCCAAUUACUACAACAAAUCGGAGCGCAUUAUAGUUCUCAUGCAAGAAAUUUGCAAUUUCCUCAUCACCAUGUGUCGAUCUUAUUUAGAUGCUCAUGAUAUUUUCAAAGGAGAAGUUGAUGAAACUCUCGUUAAGGUCCAAACAGCAGUCAACAACCUGAUAUACUUCAAAGAAGUCUUCAAACACUACCAAACUCAACUGCGAUCAUACUUCAAGAACGACGACACGAAGGAGUGGGACUUCUCAACACAACUCGUCUUCCAUCAGUACGACAAAUUCAUCAGCAGGGUUGAAUUGCUUAAGAAUUUCUUCGAGAACAUCAUAGAGCUAUUGAAACUGGAGAAGAUAGAUUACAGCGGUCUGAAGGGAAAGAUAUUAAACGCUGGCACGGCGGCACUCUUCAAGGAUGUCAACGAGUUACUCAAAGUUUUCCAGGAAGUCACCUACGAUGCCCUUGACCUCACCGAUGACUCCUUCUUGAAAGAUUACGAGCGCUACCAAUCGACCAUGUUCGACCUCGACCAGAAACUUGCAACCAUCGCAUGCCAGGCCUUCGACGAUUGCGAGAGUUUGGAAAGUUGCUUCAAAUUGUGCACAAUCUUUGGUUCCCUGUUGAAUCGCCCUCUGGUGCACCAACAAUUCGACACGAACUACCCGCGCAUGCUGUCCAUGGCGGACAAGGAACUCUUCGACGUCCAUUCUCUCUUCAAGAAACAAAUGGCCAGAUAUCAGAAAACUGGUCGAUUCCGACUGCAUAAGAAUAAACCUCAGGUGGCGGGUUUCAUAGAAUAUUGCCUGGAACUGAAGGAGCGCAUGGAUAGGUUGAUCGUCCUCUUCAACAAUGUCAACCACCCGGUAGAGACUGAGGUAUUUAGAUCAUGGGCAGAAAAAGUUGAUGAGGAGGUUUUGGAGGGUUUGAAGUUUCCUCUGUUGUUUAGGGACCAGGAAACGUUACUAAUCAGGCCAAAUUUAAGUACCAAGCUUGUGACAGUCUUGAGAGAAAUGAAGUACUUAUCCACCCAAGUGCUACCAGCCGACCUGCCAGAUAAAUGCAUAAGCCUAUUUGCCGGUAGAACCGAACUACUCAACUAUUGGGCCAUCUUGGAUCUGGUGUCUAUGAGGUACAAUAAGGUACUCACCACGGUAUUAGAAAUAGAGUAUCCAAUCAUCCUGCCGGAACUGACCUACAUCGAUGAGUUACUCAUUAAGGCUGAAGCAACUCUAGAUUGGAGUAAUGAAAGUACUGGCGAAUACCUGCAAAACAUCAAAUCGAUUGUAAUCAACUUUGAGCAGAGGCUUCAACAAUCGAAAGAUAACGUCGGACAGAUACAAAAAAUUAUGGCCACCUGGUCCAAGGUGCCAUUGUUUGAUCGUUCUGAGGAAAAGGGCUCCAGUUUGUUGUCCUUCAAGGAUGCUGAAGAGAGGGCACGCAGAAGGUACAACGAGAUCAAAACUGCUGGCAACCUAAUCCACGACCUCAUCGAUCAAAAUCGCGAGCUGCUGAAAGUCGGUGACGCCAGCGAGGACGUAAACUACUGGCUGGCCUACAUUGACUAUAUCGACGAGAUCGUAUCAGACGGCUUCUUCAAGAUCAUCGAGUGCAGUCUCAAGUUCCUGGUAGACAACACGGCCAACAUGGCCGAUUGCGAGCCUCUCUUUGAAACCGUUCUAGAUCUUGUUGUGCCGGAGAUGUUCUUCAAGCCAGCCAUGCAGUUCGGCAUAGCAGACGGCUUCUACGACAUGAUUGACGGCCUGGCCGGCGACAUCUACAGGCAGGCUGCUAAGAUCAAACGAGUGUCCGAACAUAGUAAUCAGAAGAACUAUCAGCCUCAAAUGGAAGAUUUACCAGAACUGACAAAUCUUCGUACGGAGUUGAUGCAGCACGUGACGAACAUAAUGAGCAAGUCCCUACUGUACAUGGAUUCAUUCGACCCGUAUCAAAGUCUCUGGCUGGACAACAGGCACGAGUUUAUGCAGCAGUUCCUCUGCUUCGGUCACAUCUUGACCAGGGAGGAGAUAACGUUAAUGGAUAGUGAAAAUAUUCUGUUCACUCCGCCUUCUUUGAAACAAUUCAAAGAAAAAAUUGAGUUUUUCGAGGAAAUGUACGCUGGCAUUGAGAAGAUGGAGCCUUUUACGCUGAUUGAGAACUGGUUUCGUAUCGACGCCAAACCAUUCCUGACGAGUCUCUUGAGGGAGGUGAACAAGUGGAUCAAGAUGAUGAGGCGACACCUCGCCAAUCAUGUCGUCAACAGUUUGAAUAACCUGGAGAAGUUCAUAGUGGAGGUGAACCAGGGCCUGCAGCGGGAGUUGGUGGAGGGCGACAUCGAUGCCCUCGUUGACCUCAUGUCCAUACUGGCCAAGGUGAAGGAACGGCAGCAGAAGACUGACGAGAUGUUCGAACCGUUGAAGUUGAUCAUUGAGUUACUGAAGCAGUACCAGGAAGAUCUGCCCGAGGAAGUUUCCCAGCAGUUACAGGUACUGCCAGACAAAUGGAUAAGUACAAAGAAGAAGGCGGUUGUCGUAAAACAACAACUGACUCCACUCAUCUCUUACGAAGUUGGUUUGCUGAAAAAGAACGUUUCAGUACUGGAGGUGAAGCAGCAGGAGUUUCGGGAGGAUUUCAAACGGAUCAGAGCAUUCUACUUUGAUUGCGAUGAACCUUAUAAAUUAAUGGACGAAGUGAACUCCAGCGUGGUUGACUUAGAGACAGAACUUUCUGUGAUGUUGAUAAGAGGAUCUUUGUUGGAAGUUUCGAUUCCGGAUUUCAAACAAUUGAAACAGUGCCGCAAGGAACUAACGAUGCUGAAGAAUCUUUGGGACUACACAUACGUUAUCAGGAAUACCAUUGAAUUCUGGAAGAAAACUCCGUGGAAGGAAAUUAACAUCGAUUUCAUGGAUACGGAGUGUAAGAAGUUUUCGAAAGAUCUCAAGGGUUUGGAUAAAGAGAUGCGUUCAUGGGACGUCUACAUAGGAACUGAAAAUGUCGCAAAAAAUUUGGUCACUUCGUUGAAAUCAGUGACCGAACUGCAGAACUCAGCAAUAAGAGACAGACACUGGAUGGAACUGAUGGAAACGACUGGGGUUCAGUUCAGUCUGACUAAUCGUACAACAUUAGCCGACCUACUCUCGUUGAACUUGCACAACUACGAGGAGGAAGUGAAGACAAUCGUGGAUAAGGCGGUGAAGGAGAUGAGCAUGGAGAAGAUUUUGAAGGAGCUGAACAACACCUGGGCCAUCAUGGAGUUCGAACACGAGGUCCACCAGCGCACCAAGGUCACCCUCUUGAAGGCUAGCGAGGAAAUGCUCGAGAUCAUGGCCGACAACCAGAUCCAACUACAGAACAUGUUGAGUUCAAAGUUCAUCGCUCAUUUCCUCGAUGAGGUCUCUGAAUGGCAGCAAAAGUUAUCUACUGCCGACCAAGUGAUAACGAUCUACAUGGAGGUUCAGCGGACGUGGAUGCACCUGGAAAGCAUCUUCAUCGGAUCGGAGGACAUCAGGAAGCAACUUCCCGAGGACACCAUGAGAUUUGAUUACAUCGAUAGCGAUUUUAAGCUUCUAGUGAAAGACAUUGAAAAAACGAAGAAUGUAGUGGAGGCGACCAACCAACCGAACCUCUACCCUACAUUGGAGGCCCUGCAAAACCAACUGACCCUGUGUGAGAAAGCCCUAUCGAACUACCUGGAGACGAAGAGACUGGCCUUCCCGAGGUUCUAUUUCGUGUCAUCUGUUGACUUGUUGGACAUCCUAUCGAAUGGAAACAAUCCUAUCGCGGUUGCCCGCCACCUAACCAAAUUAUUUGACAGCAUGGCCAAGUUGACAUUCGAACUGGACUCCGAGGGCAACCCUACCAAACGAGCGAUCGGGAUGACCAGCAAGGAUGGGGAAUACGUCACCCUAUCCCCCAGUCCAUGCGAUUGUGAGGGGCAGGUUGAAGUGUGGCUGAUGCAGCUACUGAUCGUACACUGCCUGUCAGUGAAGCAGGAGAUAACGGAGGCUGUGGCAUCUUACGAGGAAAAGCCGAGAGAGAUCUGGAUCUUUGAGCCCCCUGCCCAACCAGCCCUGGUCAGCGUCCAAAUCUGGUGGUGCACCGAGGUUAACAUGGCUUUCCAGAGGUUGGAGGAGGGGUACGAGAAUGCGUUGAAAGAAUUCAACAAAAAGCAGAUCAGUCAGCUGAAUGUCCUGAUAAUGAUGUUGACUGGAAAGUUGACGGAAGGCGAUCGCCAGAAGAUCAUGACCAUCUGCACGAUCGAGGUACACAAUAGAGAUGUCAUCAGCAAACUCAUCGCCCAAAAGGUAGAGCAUUCACAAGCGUUCGCCUGGUUGUCUCAACUCCGCCACAGGUGGUCGGAUGCGGAGAAGGAUUGUUUCGCGAACAUCUGCGAUGCGCAGUUCAAAUACAUGCACGAGUACCUCGGUAACACACCUCGUCUCGUCAUCACUCCUCUCACUGACAGAUGUUACAUAACCCUGACUCAAUCCUUGCACCUGAUGAUGAGCGGGGCACCGGCAGGACCCGCUGGUACGGGCAAGACUGAAACAACGAAGGACUUGGGCAGAGCCCUCGGCGUCAUGGUGUACGUUUUCAACUGCUCCGAACAGAUGGAUUACAAGUCCAUAGGCAACAUAUACAAGGGCCUGGCUCAAUCCGGAGCCUGGGGGUGCUUCGAUGAGUUCAACAGGAUAUCUGUGGAGGUGCUGUCCGUGGUGGCUGUCCAGGUCAAGUCCAUACAGGACGCCAUAAAAGACAGGAAGAAGGCAUUUAACUUCAUCGGCGAGCUGAUCACACUGGUACCAACGGUCGGCAUCUUCAUCACGAUGAACCCUGGCUAUGCCGGUAGGACUGAGCUGCCUGAAAAUUUGAAAGCCCUAUUCAGACCGUGUGCUAUGGUGGUUCCAGAUUUUGAGUUGAUUUGUGAGAUUAUGCUGGUGGCAGAAGGGUUUUUAGACGCGAGACUGCUAGCGAGAAAGUUCAUUACGCUGUAUACACUAUGCAAGGAGCUUCUUUCCAAACAAGACCAUUAUGACUGGGGCUUGAGAGCCAUAAAAUCCGUAUUGGUCGUAGCCGGCAAGCUGAAAAGAAGCGAUUCGGGCCGGGCGGAAGAUCAAGUCUUAAUGAGAGCACUGAGAGACUUCAACAUUCCAAAGAUCAUAACGGAUGACCUUCCGGUCUUUAUGGGACUCAUUGGGGACUUGUUUCCCGCUCUCGAUGUGCCGCGGAAACGUGAUUUGGAUUUUGAGAAGAAAGUUAAAGAAGCGAUCCUGGAUUUGAAGUUGCAAGCUGAAGAUAGCUUCGUGCUAAAGGUUGUACAACUCCAAGAGCUGUUCGAGGUUCGACAUUCGGUUUUUAUAGUGGGCAACUCAGGGACGGGCAAGAGUAUGGUGUGGAAGUCCCUCUUCAAAACCAACCAAAACCUCCGGAAGAAACCUGUCGCCAUUGAUCUAGACCCCAAGGCCGUCACCAACAAUGAACUGUUUGGAGUCAUCAAUCCCUCUACCAGAGAGUGGAAGGAUGGUUUGUUCUCGGUGAUCAUGAGAGAUCUGGCCUACCAGACUCACGACGGACCGAAGUGGAUCGUCCUUGAUGGGGAUAUCGACCCCAUGUGGAUCGAAUCACUCAACACCGUCAUGGACGAUAAUAAGAUUUUGACGCUGGCAAGCAACGAGCGAAUCCCACUAACGCCGUCCAUGCGCCUCCUGUUUGAGAUCAGCCACUUGAAGACAGCCACACCGGCCACUGUGUCCAGGGCAGGCAUCCUCUACAUUAACCCGCAAGAUCUUGGAUGGAAUCCGUACGUAUCAAGUUGGGUUGACAGACGGGAGAAUCAGACGGAGAGAGUUAAUCUGUUGAUUCUCUUCGAUAAGUACAUCCCCGUCCUACUCGAUACGAUGAAGUCGAAAUUCAAGAAAAUAACACCGAUCGUUGACAUCUGCCACCUCCAAAUGCUUCUCAACCUUCUCGAGUGCAUGUUGACCCCUGACAACGUUCCGCCCGACUGCCCGAAAGAAUGGUACGAGAUUUAUUUUGUCUUCUGUCUCAUUUGGUCUUUCGGCGGCUGCCUCUUUCAGGAUCAGCUCGUGGAUCAUAGAGUGGAAUUUUCGAAAUGGUGGGUCGGCGAAUUUAAAGUUAUAAAGUUCCCCAGCACAGGAACCAUAUUUGAUUAUUAUAUCGAUUCGGAGACUAAAAAAUUUGAACCCUGGUCGAAGAAGACUGCAAAAUUUUACCUGGAGCCCAACGUCUCACUCAAGUCGGUGAUGGUGGACACGAACGAGACAACUCGCAUCGGUUUCUUCCUGGACCUACUUAUCAAGAUGAAGCGGCCAGUCAUGCUGGUUGGUAACGCGGGCACCGGCAAGUCAGUCCUCAUGAACAGUAAGUUGAACGACCUUGGGGAGGAUUACAUGGUGGCCAACGUACCCUUCAAUUUUUACACCUCCUCUGAAAUUCUUCAAAAAGUUCUCGAAAAACCCCUGGAGAAGAAAGCUGGAAAAAAUUAUGGUCCACGUGGUGGGAAGAAGCUCAUUUACUUCAUCGACGACAUGAACAUGCCAGAGGUUGACAAGUACUUCACAGUGCAGCCGCACACAAUCAUCAGGCAACACCUCAACUACGGACACUGGUACGACCGAAUCAAGUUGAGUCUGAAGGAGAUACAUGGCACUCAGUAUGUCUCGUGCAUGAACCCGACUGCAGGCAGUUUCACCAUCGACUCUAGACUACUGAGACAUUUUGCAAUAUUCGCUCUAAGUUUUCCCGGCGGAGAGGCCCUGAACACCAUCUACAACAGCAUCCUGUCUCAACAUGCCUCACAGACGAAUUUCAGUCUUGGCAUCCAGCGUCUUGUUCCUAAUCUUGUGACAUCCUCCUUGUUUCUCCAUUCGAAGAUUGCUUCAAUAUUCCUGCCUACAGCCGUCAAAUUUCAUUACAUCUAUAACCUAAGGGAUAUCUCAAACAUAUUUCAGGGUUUGUUAUUUUCAACGUUGGAGACAAUAACUCAGCCGUACGAGCUGGUGCGGUUGUGGGUGCAUGAGACUCACAGAGUUUACAGAGACAAGUUGGUCGAUGAAGCCGACAUGCAACAAUUUGACAAACUCGUCAAAGAAACGAUAAAGAAACAUUUUGAAGAACUUCCAAGCGAGCAGAUAUUUGAAAAACCUCUCCUGUACUGCCAUUUUGCCACUUCCUUCGGCGAUCCCAAGUCACAUUCAUUAAUUCUACAAUCGAUAAUCGUGGCUAAUAAUAAAAAACACUAA